AUGCCAAGUAAUCACGCCGCAUUCGGCAUUCAAUCCCAACACGGAGGACAAAUGCAGUCGCAGAUGAACCCGCAAGCCUUUGCGCAGGCCAUGUCCUUCAUGUCUACACCAGCGGGCAUGCAGUCCAUGAAUGCAUUUGCGAGCCACAUGUCCUCGACAACGAAUGGCGCUCCCCAAUACCCACAAUCGCCUCCAGCUCAGCCAGUCCAAGUAGCACCACGCUUCUCGCCCGGGCCGCAGGCAGGCCAGAAGCGUAAACGCCCCGAGCACAACAACAACAACAACAACAACAACAACAACAACAACAACAACAACAACAACAACAACAACAACAACAACAACAACAACCAUGCGCCGCCACCCCCACAAAAGAAGCCACAAUCAGGCUCCAAGCCACCGCGAGCCAAGGCUGCGGUGCCUCCCCCCGUACCGAGCUUUGGCUUCUCGCUACCGGCCCCUUCAGCACAAUCGACGGCGAGUGCAAAGCACGACCAGAGGAAACGCAAGGUGAACUUGGGCCUCAGCGAGCAGAGUGUCAUGGAUGAGAGCAGCGAGGAAGAGGAGGUGGACGAAGAAGCGGCGUUUGCAGAGAAGGUCAAGAUAGAGGGCGUCGCGUUUGAGCACAACGGGGAGAUGAUUUCUUUGCAGACGGCAGCAGACGUGCAGUCGUACAUCAGAGACCGAAGGAGAAACUUCCCCACGCGCCAGAGGGCUGCUGAGAAGGCUCGGGAAGCUGCGGCAAAACGCGAGCAUGAGCUUGAGUUCCUGCAUAGAGUUCAGGGCAAGCCAAGGAAGGUCGCGACUACAGAUGCACCAUCGAAACCACCGAAACCACCGAAGCCUGUGCGGAAAGUCAAGGAAGUAGACCAGGGAAAGCAAGAGGAACUCGCAGCCUUGCGGAAGAGGCUUCAUGAAAGCAUGAUGAAGAAACAGCAAGCGCCACCAACUAACCUGCUCGGCCUCGGCUACGAAAGCGAGACCGAGUCAGAUGCUGAGAGCUCUGUCUUGUCUGAGUCGUCUGUGGUGUCUUCCUCUGAAGAGGCCUCGGACUCUGGCUCGGACGAAGAGGACAGCGACAGCGACGCAGCGCCCGAGCCAGCGUCGAGCAAGGCCGGCCCACCACCUGUUGCCGUACCGCCGCCUGCGCCCGUCGCGGCACCAGCCAGCCAAGUCUGUCGCAACUGGGCCAAGGACGGGAGGUGCAGGUUUGGGAAGGGUUGUCGGUGGGCGCAUCCUCCGCAGGACAAGGGCUCCGGCAAGAGCCAAGGGACGAAGAAGAUGGGGCUGUUUGAGAAGAUGGUGGAACAGGAGCUGGAGAAGGCGGACAGGAUGGCGCUGGACGCCAUCAAGUAUCUUGGUCAGAAUGGGUUUCUAGGGUGA